AUGACACUUAUAAGAACUCAAUCACUUAGGAUCAUAUCAGAUGUCUGCAGUUUCAUUCCUCUGUUCCUAAGACGAAGUGUAAAUACAGUUCCCGCUUCAAUCCGGCCUCAGCUGACAGAUAAACAGCGUAGGACAGUUGACUCUUGCUGUACUAUUGAAGUUACAGUCGAUCGACUGAGUUAUGCAUCCCUGUGUUUGGAUCCAAAAAAUAAUAACUCAAUUAUACUUUCCAGUUGGAACAGCUUACCACUGAAUUUACCUUCUGGAAAAGAAUUCCGACCAUCUGUUUGUUCCUCUGUGUUCAAAUCUGUCAUCCAACAUUUACUUCAUGAUAUUUAUUCACCUGAAAAAUCAGUCAAUAGUCAAAUUGCUCUAGUGUAUGUUUCAUCCAAAUUAUCAUCAGCUUCGUUGAUGCGUGCAGGUUUUAUGGGUUACCUUAUGGGAUAUUUGUGUACAGAAUGUGUAAAACAUGAAGUCUUACCCUUAUCCUGCCCACAUGUUUUUACUGUGAACUAUUCUUAUCGAAAACAUAUCCUUUCAUCAUGGAAACCUAACUUUACAACGCAUAAAUCAGAUUGUAUACUUCAUGAUGUUGAAAGUUUAUUCAUGUUGUUGCCAAAACUAUCGAUUACUAAUAAUUUCAAGACUAGUUAUUGCAAUAUUUUCAAUAUAGACGAUGAUAAAAUGAAACAAAGUCCACUCUUGCCAAUGUCCUUGUUGAUGGAUAUGCUUUUCUUAUCUAUGGGAUAUUGGGUGAUAAUUUCACAUCUGCAACCCUUUCCCAAUCUACACAUCAACUUUAAUCAUAUAUAUACAAAGGCAUUCCAUUGUUGUAAUAUUCUUAAGGAGCAGAUUUUGGCGAAUAACAAUACCGCAUCAACCAUGGAUAUCCUUCUUCGACCUGUUAUGGCGCCAAGCGCAAAUAGCACAAACUAUCCCAAAGACUGUCAUAGUAUUCAUCAAGCUGUAGUAACAGGUUACCUUUCAGCCUUUCUAUCUUCUACUAUAACUAGUUCCCAAGAGCAUAAUGUAUCCUCUUUAGUUGAAUGUCCAACAUUAGAGACUUUAACUCAAUGGAUUGGUCAGACACCCAGUCAUUGGGCGAGCUAUCUUAAUCAAUUAUUUAAAAAUUAUCCUGAUAUUACCUUCUGUCUGUUGCCUAAAUCUAAGCCCUCACCCAUGAUGAUGGUAAUAAAUAAUACAAGAGUAAGUGAACCAAAAGUACUUUCGAACAAUGAUGCUAAUAUUGAUAGUAGUAAUAAUAAUAGUAAUGGUCAGUUUGGUGAGGAGAUUCACAUGCAUUUGCAGUCUUCACAAUUACUUUCAACUUAUAAAUGCUCAUAUCCGACUAAGCAUAAAUAUGUUAGCACUACACAGUUUUUGUUAGCCCGAUGUUUAUUCACAUGUAUGUAUCAUUUAUUGCAUGAUAAUUAUUUGAAAGUAGUCUAA